AUUUUUCAAUUUUGUUUUUUAUUUUUUUUUUUUUAUUUUUUUAUAUAAUAUAUUCAAUAUCAUUCAAUGAAUUCUACUGAUGAUACCAUACCAGUUAAAUCAUUAUUAAAGCAUUCAUCUAUAUCUUAUAAUAAUACCAUUCAUUCAGAAAUGUCUAUUGAAACUAAACCUGCUAUCAAAAUAGAUAAGAAUGAUCAUCAAACUCUUAUCCGAUCAGCCUUCUCUUUGUCAGACAGUGAAAAUAUCAUUGGUGAAUACCCAUGUUACCUUGUUCGACUAGUUACUCUACCUGGAUGGUUAUACGUGACUGAUGAACGUAUUUGUUUUUAUGCUCCUUUACCUGGAAAAGAGGAUUCUCCUAGAAAGUCUGGAUAUUUGACAAAAAAGAAUCAUAAGACUUCACCACUCAGCUAUCGAUAUUAUUUUAUAUUACAAUAUAACGUCAUUUCUUGGUACGAAUCUGCUGAACAUCACUAUCAACCUUUGGGAAGCAUCAAAUUAAAAAAUGUGAUAGACAUUCAAGAAUCAAAAACAAGGAAAUUAGGUUUCAAAAUAGUAACACCUAAUGAACGAUAUACCUUCAUUGCAGACUCUGAAAUAUCCAAAAAAGAAUGGUUAGACGACUUACGACGUACUAUGUUUAUAGCAAAGAACGAUGGAAAUAGUGUUCGUAUUGUUUUACCUUACAACAAAACGACAAAUAUCACCAAAGAUUCUGCUUUUGAAUUUGCUGAAUAUAUCAAGGUAUGCAUCUCUGAUAUACCAGAUCAAACACUCGAAAACCAUACACUUGUUGACGCGACAGACGGCGAAAAUGAAUAUUAUUUUGCUUUCUUUCCUGAUAUCGAUGAAGCAUAUGAUACCAUUCACAACUGUUGGAAAAAACGACAUACAAAUUACGAUGAUGACAAUGAUUCCAAAAGUACAUCAUCUUCGAUAAGUGGUGACGAAGAACUCACUCAAUUGGAUGCAGCAGACCCUUUAUCAGUUAUCUCUACCUUGGCAGCUUUUGGUGAUAGUGAAAACGUUCGAUCAGCAGGUUCAACUUAUAUGAUGAAUGCUUUUACCAAGGCAUGUGCAUCAUCCCGUCCUUCUACUGACGACGCAAACAAAUUGGAUAUGGUAUUCAAGAAUGGACCAGUGAUACAUCUAUCAGAACAAGUCAAAUCUACACGUGAUGGAUCAGUAUACAAAGCACUCAAACAUUUCAACAAAAACUCACCAUCCAAUCAAAUAUCAUCUUUGACUCUUCCUUCUUCUUCAUCAUCAUCAUCAUGUGAGAAUGACAAUAACAACAAUAACAAUAACGACAAUAACCAGUUUGUAUAUUCUUCAACUCCUAACCUAGUAGCACCACCAUCGUCACCAUCACCAUCAUCAUCAUCAUCAUCAUCGUCAUCGUCAUCGUCAAGUGGAAAUGUUAGUGCUCCUCCAGUUACAAAAUCAAUUAUGGCGAAUACAACAAAACGGCUACGAAGCAGUUCUUUACAAACAAUCAAACAUUAUGCAACUUUUCCUUUUCAACAUUUAUCCAAGGAUUAUUUUCCCAGUAUGAAACGACGAAAUGAUAUUCAUAAUGAUGAUGACAUAUCUUCUUCCAUUGAUUCAUCACGAGAACUAGAACGGUCGAACGAUACUAAAAGUCCCGUGGCAGUAGGAACAACCAUAGCAAGAAAACAUUUAUCAUUUCCUGUGGCACCUCAAUUACUUCAACUUGCAGCACCAUUUACACACAACAUUUUCUCGGAUCAACAAGUUUGGAAGAAAAAAGAAGAUAUUUGGCUUUGUGAUGGUAUACGACAACAACUUGGAAUGGAUGAUCAAUCAACAACAAUAGCAAUAAUGAAAGAUGGAACCGAACAAUCAAGAUUGAACGAUGAAAUACAGAAAUAUUUCCCCAUGUUGGAUACUGAUAAUACUAAUGUCCAUGCAAUGUAUCGUGCUUUUGUUUGGAGAAUGAUUCCUUAUUAUGGUCGGUUAUAUUGUACUCAAGAUUAUGCUUGUUUUCAUGCUAGUGUCUUGGCUGGACAGCAAAAGAUUGUUAUUCCAUUCACAGAUAUCAUCAACAUACGUCAAUUGAAAAGUCGUGGAUAUUACCUACAACAUGGUCUUGGUGUAACAGUAAAGGAUAUGCAUGAAGAAAUUUUUUUCGAUUUCUCAUCUAUAGAGCUUCGUGAUAGUUGUUAUGCUUUAUUGAAUCUUGAAUUACAAAGAUAUCAUAAUGAUCAACAGGAAUCCAGUGAAUCAGAUAGUAAUAAACGUGAAUCAAGUUCUCCUCUUACACCUGCUCCUCAAAGAAGGAGAUCACGAUCUAUUCAACUUGAAGAUAUCACUUCCAAGGAACAUGUUGUACCACCAUCUCAAUACAAUGGCCCUCCACUUCUUUCAAGUUUAUCAAUAUCAGAACAAAAUCGUACCACACCCAAACAAUUAACUAUUACGUGUUUGACUAUUGGAUCCCGUGGAGAUGUACAACCGUAUAUUGCAUUAUGUAAACAAUUACAACAGGAUGGUCAUCACUGUCGAAUUGCCUCUCAUGAAGAAUACCGAUCGUGGGUAGAAAAUUAUGGAAUUGAAUUCAAAUCUAUUGGUGGUGAUCCUGGUGAAUUGAUGAAACUUUGUAUCGAUAAUGACUUUUUAUCCUUUUCUUUUAUCAAAAGUGGUUACAAAUUCUUUUACAAUUGGUUUGAAACAUUAUUGGAAACAAGUUGGGAAGCAUGUCAAGGAUCUGAUGUUUUAAUUGAAAGUCCCAGUGCUAUGGUUGGUAUUCAUUUGGCCGAAAAAUUAGAAAUUCCUUAUUUUAGAUCAAUGCCAUUUCCAUGGACAAAAACAACAAAAUUCCCUCAUCCUUUUGCAACUCCAAAUUAUGCAGGUGGACGAAUAUAUAACGACAUGACUUAUAUGAUGAUAGAAAUGGCAUUGUGGGCAGGAACUGCGAGACCUAUCAAUCGAUUUCGACGUGAAAAACUUGGUUUGGCUUCUACAACAUUGGAACGGUUGGAAUUAUGGCGAAUCCCUUAUCUUUAUUCAUUUUCACCUCUUGUACAACCUGCACCCAAAGAUUGGCCUGACUACGUUCAUUGUACUGGAUAUUGGUUUUUGGAUGAAAAAAUUUUAUCGAUGAAAGAGGGCAAAUGGCAACCUUCUCCUGAAUUACUUCGCUUUCUCCAUUUGGAUUCCACUCAAAAAGAUCAAGACAGACGACCUAUAGUAUAUAUUGGAUUUGGAUCUAUCAUUGUUUCAGAUCCUGUGGCAAUGUCUCGUGUGAUUACUGAAGCUGUUAUUGAAGCCAAUGUACGUGCUAUUGUUUGUAAAGGAUGGUCAACAAGAAUAUCAGAACAACAGGAAUCAUCAACGCAGAUUUUACAAGAUCAUCCGGAUUCGAUCUUAAAAUUGGAUUCUGUUCCUCAUGAUUGGCUUUUUCCAUUGGUUCAAGGUGUAGUCCAUCACGGUGGUGCUGGAACUUGUGCAGCGGGUCUAAGAGCAGGUGUACCAACAAUCAUCAAACCAUUUUUUGGUGAUCAACGAUUCUGGGGACAACGUGUGGAAGAACUUGGAGUGGGCAUAUGUAUGGCAAAAUUAACUAAGAACAAACUCAAGGAACAUUUGGUGACGAUUACUCAAGAUACUACAAUGAUUAAUAAAGCAAAAUUACUAGGUGAGGCGAUUCGACAAGAAAAUGGUACUAAGACAGCAGUGGAAUGUUUAUAUCGAGAUAUAGGAAUGGCCAAACGAACAAUACAACCUUUACUUGAUACAGAAGAACAAACAUUCAAUAGACUUUCCUCUACAUUUAAUACUUCAAAAUGGCUUCAAUUACCUUUAUUUGGAAUGGAUGAUACUGAUGAUAAUGAAAAAAAUAAUGAAGUCAAUACAUAAUAUAUAUAUAUAGUUUAUCUUAGUGUAGUAUAUGAAAUUUCAUUUGUUUAAAUAACUAAAUAAAUAAAAAAAAAAGAAUUGAAAUUUGGCUUAAAAACUACUUUA